AUGGCUGAAGCUCAACAAGACCAACAAUAUGCCCAAAUGCAACAAUACCAGCAAUUCUUACAAAACGAUUCCCAUUCAGUCCUUCUUGUAACGGCUGGAUACGAUAAUACCGUACGGUUUUGGGAAGCACUGAGCGGCAUAUGUUCGCGCACCAUUCAACAUGCAGACUCGCAAGUCAAUCGCUUGUGUAUCUCCCCCGAUAAGACCAUUCUUGCUGCUGCAGGCAACCAUUCAGUGAGACUCUACGAUAUCAACAGCUCCAACGGCAACCCCUUUGUUGUGUUUGGUGAUCACACGGGCAACGUCACAGCGACAGGUUUCCAUGAUGAAGGACGGUGGAUGUUUACCGCCAGCGAAGACGGGCAUUUGAAAAUAUGGGAUACUAGAUCUGGACGUACGCCUGUAUUGACGCGGGAUUUUGAUAAUGGAGCACCGAUCAACGAUGCAGUCAUGCAUGCCAAUCAGGGCGAAUUGAUUACAUGCGAUCAGAACGGCAGUGUAAAAAUCUGGGAUCUUACCGCCCAUGCUUGUACGCAUGAAUUGGUUCCUGAAGAAGGAGUAGCGAUGCGAUCGGUGAGCGUAGCAUCGGAUGGAUCCAUUCUCGUGGCAGCCAAUAACAAGGGUAACUGUUAUGUAUGGAAAAUGUCGAAUAAUGCCGAAUUAUCAGACAUUGAGCCGUUGCAUAAAUGGUCGGCGCAUGAAGAUUACAUCCUACGAUGCGUACUGAGUCCCGAUACAAAGCAAGUAUCAUGGUUUCCAUUGAAAAUAUGGAAUAUGGAGAAUCACUAUAAAUUGGAAAUGACACUGACAGGGCAUCAACGAUGGGUGUGGGAUUGUGCUUUUUCCGCCGAUUCAGCGUAUUUAGUGACAGCAUCGUCAGAUCAUGUUGCCAGGCUUUGGGAAUUAUCGCAGGGCGAAACCAUUCGACAAUACAAUGGACAUAACAAGGCGGCGGUUUGUGUUGCUCUCAACGAUCUUUCAGUUGGCUAUUCAUAG